AAAUGGCUAAUCAAGUGUUACUUGAAUUGGAAUCAGCAGCGCAAAUAAUGUUGGCACCACCAUCUAUGGUAACCAGUGACCAGCGCCAUUCGGCAGAAGUGAUGCUUCUGAAUUUUCGCAAAACGAAAACUCCAUAUGCAUUAUGCAGACAUAUUCUUGAAACCAGCUUGGUGCCAUAUGUUCUUUUUGAGGCUGCAGGGCUUCUGAAAGAUGCACUUAUAAGGGAAUGGUCCUUCCUGCAGGAGGCUGACCUUAUUUCGCUUCGUCAGUAUUUGCUGCAGUACAUCAUACAGAAACAGUUACAGCCAUUUGUUCGAGAGAGAAUUUUACAAGUUAUCGCUAUAAUGGUUAAACGUGGAAGUGUAGAUGAUUUUGGGACCAACCGUGGACAGAUACUGACAGAAGUUGAGCAUCUUAUUCUAAGUGGAGACCCACCCAGGCAAAUACUUGGAUGUAACAUUAUUUCUGCACUGAUGCAAGAAUAUGCAACAACUGUCAAAUCAUCAGAUGUGGGUCUCACAUGGGAAACACACUUUAAAGCAAAGAAGCAAUUUCAGGUGACAGAUCUGAAGCGGAUUUUUCAGUUCUGUGUACAAGCUUUGGGUGAACUCUCAAAGUUGGUUCCUCCAUAUUCAGAUGAAGUGAUUGCUCUGCUGAAGCAUUUACUGUCCAUAGCAGAAGGCGUCUUGAGCUGGGGCUUCAUUUCAGCUAAUCUGCCAAAACGUUUGAUAGGGGUGUUUGAAGCCGUGUAUGAAUCUGAUCAGAGCCCAGCUUUGAGACUGGGAACCAACUGGAAGGACGUAAUUUUGGAUCCUAAUGUUGUCACUCUCUUCUUCACCAUUCACUGGAAGGUUCGUGAAAAUCCGCAGUUGGCUCAUCACUCACUCAACUGCUUGGUGCAGUUGGCAUCACUGAAUGGAACCGUGUUUGCAAAUAAGGAUGUUCGAGUUCAAUACCUUGCAAAUUACAUGCAAAAUUUUCUUAAUCUUGUGACAAGUGUGGACAUCAUGGACCGAGAAGCGCUUGGGAUAUCCAACGUUGUUCGCAAGCUGAUACUUUUCUUUCCACCACCACUGCUGGUUGGAAUGCCUGUUGACUUACUGCAAUCCUUCCUUGAGCAGCUGGCACAGCUGACUUGUAGGUUCUCUGAGGGAGCUGCACAGGAGGAAUCGUUGUGCGCAGAAGACUGUCUAUACAUGGAAGCAUUUGACCACAUGCUUGAAGCAUGGAUUUCAGUUCUUCAUGACUCGCAGUUCUUUCCAAAAGAUUUCUGUAAGCAGUCUUCAAUGCAGAUCUUCAAUAUAUACCUGAAGUGUCACCUCUCACCACCAGAUGGCACACGAGGGCAGGGCCGAGAACUGGAUGUAGAGGAAAUAGAUGAAACUGAAGAGGAUGACAGGACAAAGUUUAAGGAUCAGUUGCAGACGAUUGGCUCAUUUGGAAGACAGGUACCUGCCCAUUCAUUACCUCUGUUGGCCAAACUGCUGGAGGACCGUACAAAUCGCUUGCAAGGGCAGCUGCAGCGCAUGCACUCACAAGCCAUGAACAUAUCGGAUCCUAGUAUCCUGGAUUGCAUGUUUGAAGACAUUCAUUGGCUU